AUGCAUUUUGAUAUCACAACCCUUGUCAGUAAUCCUGCUGCUAAAAUGCAUUACAACAACACAUUGAAUGAUAUUCUAACAGACAGCCCUGUUAAUCCUAACCCUGAGGAAGAAAUGAAUAGUUUGUUUCACAAUGUACAUAAAGCUGCUGAGGUUAGUAUUGGAUACCUUCCUAGGAAACGCCCUAAAAACUUUUGUAAUGACCUUGAAAUUCGAGAGAUGUCUGAUGAAAAGAAAGUUCUACAAGCUCUACUCAAUCAGAACAACACCUCUGAAGAUAGAUCAGUUAUACAUACCAAAAUCAAUCGUAUUCAAAAUGACACUCGUAAGAGAAUCAAGCUCCUUCAAGAAGAGCAUGCAGACACUCUUGCUGAAGAGAUAAACGAAACUGAUAGUUCUAGAGCAUACUUUUCAGCCACUGGCCAACUAGCAGGUAUCAAACGUGCUCCAACCAUAAGUGUGCAUGAUGAAAACUCUAACUUCAUAGGUACAGACACUGGAAAAGCUGCUACACUAAAGAACCACUUUGAAGAGAAGUUCACUGCAAAACAUACAGUUGAGCCUAUUGACACUUUCUUUGAUCAACCUAGUCCUCUCGCUGACCCUAUUACUGCUAUUGAAGUUGAGAUAGCUGCUAAAGCUUUGAAGAAUGGUAGAGCCACUGGGCCUGAUGAUAUCCCAAGUGAAUUGAUUAAGUAUGCAAACAGAAGUGUAUUUCAGAAAUAUGCAGACUGUAUAAAUACCGCAUUUGAAACAAACACCACCAUAACAUCUAUUGGAAAAGGCAACAUUACUCCACUCCAAAAGCCUAAGAAACCACUUGGUCCAGCAGCAAACAUCAGACCUCUCACCCUCUCAAACUGCUCCAGAAAAUUACUGUCAAUGAUUACCCUAAAACGUAUCCAAGGCAAGCUAGAUCAGUACACCGGUCCUACACAAAGUGCUUACAAGAGAGGUAGAAGUUGUGGCGAUAUAAUUUGGUCUCAACGUAUGCUAACCUCAGUGGUACUUAGAAAGCAUUGGAGGUACCACAGAAUGAGUAUAGACAUGUCAAGUGCCUUUGACACCAUCAGCAGAGAAACAGUACUCAAUGUUCUUGAAGAUGCUGGCUGUACUAGUGAUGAAAUUAGGAUGGUACGGCUCCUACUAUCAAACACAAUGUUGAAAGUAAAAGUUAAUAAUACUGUAUCAAUUGAGUUCCAAAGCACAACUGGAGCAUUUCAAGGAGAUGCACUAUCAGGUAAUCUAUUUACUGUUGUUGAAGCCGCUGCACUUAUUCACCUCAGAUCUGUACUCUCCCAAGUAUCAUCAACACCUUACCCAGUGAAUCAUCCAAUCCCUGAUCCUCCUAUCUCAGAAGAAUUCAUGCCACUCGAAACAGGAUACUCUGAUGAUAUUGACUUUAAUAACACUGAACUUGCUCCACUCAAAGAAAUGCUUCCUAUCGCUAAAGAUAUAUUCCAGCAGUGGGACCUUCAUAUCAAUUCUUCCAAGACUGAAUUUGUCCAUUUUUAUUUAGCAGAUCCUAAACCCACUGUUAAACGCAAGGUUUACAUAUCACAUGACGGUGCUGUGCGAGCCAGAUUCCCGCCAGCAGACAGCUCGCGUCUCAUCAAGGACAUUCUGCGCACAAACCAGGUAAAAGCAGCACAGUCUCACGACAACAUCUCAAGACCUGUCAUAGCGCCACCUGACAUGAACCUGAGUCCUGACUGCGCUAAGAAGUUUACCUCCAAGAUCGUCUCGGUCAAGAAAAGGUUCAUCCCCGCUGCCCAGAAAGUAGUUGACCGGUGUCUACUCAAGGUGUGA